AAAAACAGAAAGCAAAGAAAUUGGACAGUCUCAUAAAUAGGAAGAAAAUGGAGGGGUCAAACAGUAACAACACUAAAUUAUUUGAUACAUAAGGAGCAAGUAACCACAUCAUCAAUCAUCAUACAUACGACAUAGCUUUGAUACAAAAGAAUGCUACUUCGUACUGUCGGAGGAGCUAAUCGUUUUCUCUGUUCAUUUCUAUCAUCAUCAUCAUCAUCAUCGUAUUCUCUCUCCAACACCAAACCUUCAUUCUCUUUCCGAUCAAUUUCUUCCAUGGCUGAAGAAUUCGUCAAAGGCACCGUUAAUUCUAACGGCGUUGCCGUUCUCACCCUCGAUCGCCCCAAAGCUCUCAACGCCAUGAACCUAGAUAUGGAUGUAAAGUAUAAAAGUUAUCUUGAUGAAUGGGAAUUGGACCCUGAUGUCAAAUGUGUUCUGGUUGAUAGCAGUUCCGCUCGUGCAUUUUGUGCCGGUAUGGAUAUUAAAGGGGUUGUUGCUGAAAUACAGAAGGACAAAACCACACCUUUAGUGCAGAAGGUCUUCACAGCCGAGUACUCUUUGAUAUGCAAAAUUUCUGAGUACAAGAAACCGUAUAUAAGUUUGAUGGAUGGAAUAACAAUGGGUUUUGGAAUUGGCCUAUCUGGUCAUGGCCGAUAUCGUAUCAUAACAGAGAGAACUGUUCUUGCAAUGCCAGAAAAUGGCAUUGGCUUGUUCCCAGACGUAGGGUUUGCUCAUAUAGCUGCUCAAAGUCCAGGAGAAGGAGCUGUUGGUGCUUAUCUUGGAUUGACUGGAAAGAGGGUCUCUACACCAUCAGAUGCAAUAUAUGUUGGCCUUGGAACACAUUACGUGCCAUCAGGAAAGUUAAGCUCAUUCAAGGAGGCCCUUUUGGCAACAAACUUUUCUCAGGAUCCCCAUCAGGACAUCAAAGUACUUUUAGCAAGAUAUGAGUCAAACCCGGAUUCCGAGGCACAGUUAAAAUUGCUUUUACCUCAGAUAACUUCUUCAUUUGGAGGAAAUAAAUCUGUUAUUGAGACCAUUGAGGAGUUAAAAACACACCAGUCAAGCACUGACUCUAAUGUUGCUGAGUGGGCUAAUGAAGCUCUCCAAGGCCUUGGAAAAGGUGCUCCCUUCUCCCUUUUCUUGACCAAUAGGCACUUCUCUGUGGUUGCAUCUGCACUAGGAGAAAACGGCGGUGAAUUAUCCACGCUUAGUGGUGUAAUGAAAACUGAGUAUCGCAUUGCCUUGAGGUCUUCAUUGCGGCCUGAUUUUGCAGAAGGUGUUCGAGCAGUAUUGGUGGAUAAAGAUCAGAACCCAAAGUGGGAACCAUCAAGGUUGGAGGACGUUGAUCAGAGCGAGGUUGAAGCCGUUUUUGAACCAUUAGGAGCAGAGGUGGGAGAAUUGUCUGUGUAAUUUUCAAAGGAAAGCUUUCAUUUCAUUGAAUGCAUUACUGUAUUGUAUGACACUGCAUCAAAUAAAUAGAUGGUGUUAUCAUUGUGUUGCUUGUAUCUUGUCAUCCAUUGAUAACAUAAAAUCCAUGAUCAUGUUAAUCAAAGUACGAUGUUACUUCUGGUGUGUCUGCAAUCUGCAUGUAAAUGAUGAAGGAUAUGAUUUGCUUAA